AUGUUCCACCCCCACAGACACCACCGAGGCCAUGUUCCACCCCCACAGCCACCACCUAGGCCAUGUUCCACCCCCACAGACACCACCGAGGCCAUGUUCCACCCCCCACAGAUAAUCACCGAGACCAUGUUCCUCCCCCACAGGCACCACCGAGGCCAUGUUCCACCUCCACAGCCAUCACCGAGUCCAUGUUCCACCCCCCACAGCCACCACCGAGGCCAUGUUCCACCCCUACAGACACCAAUGAGGCCAUGUUCCACCUCCACAGCCAUCACCGAGACCAUGUUCCUCCCCCACAGCCAUCACCGAGACCAUGUUCCACCCCCACAGCCACCACGGAGGCCAUGUUCCUCCCCCACAGGCACCACCGAGGCUAUGUUCCACCCCCACAGCCACCACGGAGACCAUGUUCCACCCCCACAGCCACCACCGAGGCCAUGUUCCACCCCCACACGCACCAUCGAGGCCAUGUUCCACCCCCACAGACACCACGGAGACCAUGUUCCACCCCCACAGGCACCACGGAGACCAUGUUCCACCCCCACAGCCACCACCGAGGCCAUGUUCCACCCCCACAGACACCACGGAGACCAUGUUCCACCCCCACAGACACCACGGAGACCAUGUUCCACCCCCACAGACACCACGGAGACCAUGUUCCACCCCCACAGACACCACGGAGACCAUGUUCCACCCCCACAGGCACCAUCGAGGCCAUGUUCCACCCCCACAGACACCACGGAGACCAUGUUCCACCCCCACAGGCACCACGGAGACCAUGUUCCACCCCCACAGACACCACGGAGACCAUGUUCCACCCCCACAGACACCACGGAUACCGUGUUCCACCCCCACAGCCACCACCGAGGCCAUGUUCCACCCCCACAGACACCACGGAGACCAUGUUCCACCCCCACAGACACCACGGAGACCAUGUUCCACCCCCACAGACACCACGGAGACCAUGUUCCACCCCCACAGACACCACGGAAACCAUGUUCCACCCCCACAGCCACCACCGAGGCCAUGUUCCACCCCCACAGCCACCACCGAGGCCAUGUUCCACCCCCACAGACACCACGGAGACCAUGUUCCACCCCCACAGACACCACGGAGACCAUGUUCCACCCCCACAGACACCAAGGAGACCAUGUUCCACCCCCACAGACACCACGGAGACCGUGUGUCAUCGUAUGA